AUGGUCGCGAGGGCAGCCACCGCGCGGCGGGUUCCUGGUGCGCUCCGGACCUCGGCCACCCUCCGACCGCCGACCCUGCGAGUCUCCACAAGCGACGAACCCGGCGCCCGGCGCCCCACCGGGCAGUGCGACCGACGCCGUCCCCCGAAGUGCCUGCCUGCCGGCGCAGCGGAGCGAUUCCAAUUGAAGGAAGAUUUGGAGAUUUGUGCGCAGUUUGUGGAGCUUUCGGGGAAAGCGCCGGGGCUGUUGUGGUCGCGUGGAGUCUUCCACGGCCGGCCUUUCUGCGCCAGUGCCAUGGGAGAGACAGUAGCGGCGGAGUCCGACGCCCAACAGGUAGCCGACAAAGAGCUCACCCGGGCAGCCUGCGUUGCACUGUGA